AUGAGCUAUCAAACCUCUUCUGCACACGAUAGCGCCAUGGACACAGGCUCGAGCACCCCAAGCACCAAUGCCCCUAGCACUGUCGAAAUCACCAACACGCUCCGUUCCCUAGAGUUAUGCAUUGCUGGGUUGCAGGAGCGCACUGAAGGUGCUGUUCAACCAAUUGCGGAGUUGCUGCACAAAAUCGAAGAGGAGUUGGGAAAUAUCCAAGAACAACUCGCCCACGUCACCCACCCAAGCCAAGGCUCUGGCACGACUGAGCGAAAUGCUGAGCGAAAUGCGACCAACAUAUUCAAUCCACCGGAAAUGCCUGUCGAGCGCAUUACGACUUUCAAUCGAUACAUUCCGGUUUUCCUUGCCGAAAGAGUUCCAGCCGCUCAAGUCCACUACAUCGAAGCUUUGAACAAUUUGAGUUUUGAAGACAAACUUAUCAUGUCAUCGGUCACUAUAGAGCGUAACGAACUGUACCAAGAUGCAUAUCUCGCACUCCUACAAGUAGAAUCCGAACUCUUGAAAGAAAGUAUUGCUAGUGGGGCUAUCGCAGCCAACAUUACCAAUCGUGAUUCUUUCCUCUACGAACUCUUCCAUAUUUUCAACGACUCUCCUGAACAUAAGAGGGCGCAAGACAGCGUACUCCGCUUGCGACUUAAGAGGUAUCGCGUGAAGGAAAUUGCGGACACAAUCAACACGUUCUAUAUGGCUACUACGAACGAAGAAGAAGCUGUUGUAAGGGACGAAGAAGGUGCAGUAGCCGAGAAUGAAUCAGGCACUGUUGCGAGGAAUGAAGAUGGGGAUCGCUAG